GCCUAGCUAUGUGCUGUGUGCCUGCAUUUCAGGCAUUUUCCCAAGACAUUUAUCGUAAAUCACCCAGUUCAUCCUGGUCGUCAGCUGACCACAGUUUAUCAUUAAUGGUGAUAAUAAGUCCUGAUUGGUGGAAUAUUAACUGGGCUAGUUACCUUGUUGCUACAUAUAUAAGGGUGAGGAGUGUAUGGAUUUUCACCUGAUGGUCUGCAGACACAAUGCGUGGAAUGGAAGCAUCGUCUACUUUGUUGCUCCUUUUGUCAUCAUUUCUACAGAUUUCUUUAUGCGGAAUCAUUACGCAGUUAAACCCAGAAACAAUCAGGGAGGAAAACAUCAUGGAUGUGGUUGUCGAACAUAAACGCUACAAUGUAACGGUUGUUUUACACUCAGAUACAGAACCCGUGUUUAGAGAGAAUGUACAUGUGGAACAUUGCAAAGGAUUAAGGGAGGAAUUGGAAGAUAAGAUAAAUGAACUACACGACCAAAGUCGAGUGAACUCCGUACUAGCAAUAAGGAUAGCAGAACUGCAGUCUGCUUUAAGACAGAGAAACCAAGACUCCACAUUUCAGGUUUCUGUUCUCCAGCAGAAACUGCAGGAAGCCAUAAAAAAACUGGACACAAAGAUGGCCAACAUUCAUAAUAAGGGUGUAACUACAAUUGAAGUGCACAACUUUGCAGUAUUUCUACAGCAAUGGGUCAUCAACCAGACUACUGGUCAGAUCACUUUACUUCAGAAUGAACAGGAGCAGAUGAUAAGCAAACUGGAUGAGGAGGCCGACAACGCAAAUAAACUGAUUCUACAGAUUCUUGCACUUAAGACCCGACUGGCCCAGAUCCAGUCCGAAACAUCACCUGAGAAGACCGAUUUGCUACAAGAACUGAAAACAAAAUUUGAACAGCUGAAGACCAAGUGCAGUGAACUUGAGUUAAAUCACACCCUGUAUUUGCAGAUAGUGGAUCUGCAGAGCAGAAUAUGGGACUUUGAGACAAAAACCCCCGAUGAAGUGAUUUCAAGAAUGCUAUCAGACACUUUAAAUCAACUGGAAGACAAAAUGCAUCAGCUGAACGGUGACCGCGAUGAUGAUACAAAUCUGGUUCUGAAGAUAUACUUCCUGCAAAGUAUUGUGAGAGAGCUGCAAAGACAGUCCGUAAACCCGUCAAAACCUGGCGAGGAUGCUGGACUUGAGAAGAAGCUCACAGACAAGAAGAAGGAACUUGAGGAGGCUCUGAUGCAACUGAAACGCAGAGAUGGCAGAAACUCUGAAAUGCUUGUGAAAAUUGUUGGAUUGCAGAAAAUGUUAUCAGACCUACAUUUAGAAUCUCAAAAUUCAAAUGCCACUGCGCACAUUGCUGGACUGCAGAAGCAACUGAAUGUUAUGAGUGAGAGAAACUUGCAGCUACAGACUAAAUACAACGAGCUUCUUAGGGAACUGCAGCAGAAGGGUGAUCUACUGACCAAAAGUUAUUCUAAAAAUGCAGAACUGGUUUCAAGGGUAACUGAGCUCGAAACUCAGCUGGAAAGCGCUUCACACGAGAAGUCUGCUCAGAUUACUAUGCUUCAGAACAAACUGGAGGACUCAAUUGCCAACCUGAAUGAGAAGGCCAAUGACAACAGUAAACUAAUUCUGCAGAUACUUACGCUACAGACGGAGGUGAGGGAGAUGCAGCAGGGCUCAUCCUCCCAGAUUGCAGAUUUACAGUUUCAACUGCAAGAGAAGACUCGAAAACUACGGCAGACAUCCGAAAAACUGGAAAUCAAUAUGGAUUUAAACUCUAAACUAGUUCUGCAGAUACUGGAGCUGCAGGGUAUCAUAUGGGACCUCGAAAGAGGAGUCAGUAACACAACGGGCCCCUCCCAAAUAGCCGACCUACUGCGCUUACUUGAGAGCAAGAUUAGCCAGCUGGAAAACACCACCACCGAUGAGUCUAAAACAGUCCUGAAGAUUUUUACCCUGCAGAGUGUCAUCAGAGAGCUACGCAGGGAGGCCUCCAACGUAACUGUCCCAGACCAGGUUAUCGAAGUUCAGAUGAGACUAGAACAGAAGACCAAAGAUCUUGAGGGGGCUCUGGUACAACUGAAUGCCAAAAAAGAUGAGAAUUCCCAGCUGCUAGCAAAAAUUGUUCAGCUGCAGGAUAAGGUGUCUGAGGUCAAGGCCUCCAAUCAGACGGCUUCUAUCCUGAUUUCUGGAAUGAGAAAGAAACUGAGAGACGUAGACGAAAAGUACGCCAGACUACAGAAAAGCUACAGCGACCUGCAGAAACAGUUCCGUACUAAAGAGGAAGCCUAUGAGCAGCUGAAAACAACACACGCGGAACUUCUAAAGAAGCUGAACGGAGGAACUGAGAUCAACUCCAAACUCCAGAGACAGCUGGACGAUAAGGAUGAAGAAUAUUCCAUCUUGAAGAUAAAAUACGAUGAACUGCGGAAACAAUUAAAAGAGAAGAAUGAAAACUGCUCUAGACUUCAGUCGGAAUAUAACGAAUUAAAAGACCAUCUGGAUGCAAGGAAGGUGGAGGAACUCCGGCUGCAGGAGAACUACUUUGACCUGAAGAAACAAUUGACUGAAAAGGAAACAGAAUAUUCCAGACUCAAGAGCAAAUAUGAGGAUUUGCAGAAUCAGCUGAGUGAAAAGACGAGCGAUUUCAACAAACUGCAGAAUACAGUCAGUGACAUGCGAAAGGAGCUAAAUGAAGAGAACGAUUUCAAAAUCAAGACAGAUGACUUUUCAAUGGACCCUAGCACAGCACAUCCGAAAAUCAUCCUUUCCUCGAAUAACAGAGUCGUGGUGGUGGGAAGUGUUAGGCAAAAAAUCCCCGACAGUGCGCAGAGGUUUGACGUAAUCAUGGCUGUGCUGGGGAAGCAGGGCUUCGCCUCCGGGCGGCACUAUUGGGAGAUUCACGUGGGCCAGCGGAGCUGCUACGGCGUGGGUGUGGCUUUAGGCUCCGCCCAGAGGCAAGGCAGCGUCUCCCUCAAUCCCAACAAUGGCUACUGGGGCAUCAUAAAAAAUCGGCGGGACCAAGUUUUUGCGAUGGCUACUCCGCGCGUCCCCCUGAACCUGCGCACCCUGCCGCACAGCGUAGGGGUGCUGCUGGAUUACAAGAAGGGCCAGCUGUCAUUUUACAACUCCGACACCAGGUCCCACAUCUACACCUUCACCGGCAACGCCUUCAAUGGCAAACUCUUUCCUUUCAUUCUCUCUUGUGAGGACGGAGCAGAAGAUGACGGGCCAAUCAUCUUGUCUCCUGCCCCUGAGGAUGUCUCCUGGCUGGAGUAACUCAGCGAAAAAUCUGCAAAAAGCCUGUCCUGAAUCACUUUACUUUUCUUUCUGAUAUGAGGCUAACUGUUAGCAAUGGAAAACUCUAUAUACCAGAGUCACUUUAGACCACAAUAACUUUCUUCUUUUUCUAUCCAUGACAGAUCAAAGGCUUUCAUAUGCAUGUGAUCUUUUUAUUUGUAGAUUUAUUUUAUUUGAAAGUAUUUGAAAUCGUUGUUUUUCCCUUCAGGAAGCUGACAUAAUUGUAUACCUCCAAUUUCUUAAUAAACCAGUAAAUAUACAAAA